ACCGUAUAUUCUAGUGUCUUCACUGUAAAGGGCCAAGACUGCAAAUAUUGGCCCCUUGAACCGGGUUUGGUGUUGUUGCAUAAUGCAUGGUAUUUGUAGUUCUUAACAAGGCAUCUUGAAAUAUAGGUUAUGUUUAGAUCACCAGAAAUGCUAGCGAAACGGACCCAUGACUGCCGUUGUUUAUAAGCCAUGAUCUAUAAGCCAUAGGUUUAGCACCAGCGAGUCACCUUUUGAAUACAUGCAUGCAUAUGUACACUUUUGACGGAACUGUUUCUGGAGCUAAACUUUUUCGAGGCUGGUGCGCUUACCUUUUUUUAAAUGCUUUUUCUGUGAUAUGAAUGUUAAAUGUAUUGUGAUACCCUUUCUACAUUUGUCGUAAACUUGACUAGGUCAUUGGCUCAGAGAGUAUUGGUGAAGAUGAUCAGGGAUCCCAUAUCACGCGGUUUCUGGGAGGAUAUAGGGAAGGAAAUGUAAUACAGAAACACAUAAAAGGGCCAUCUUUUAUGGGGUUCAUAAACUCUAUGAUUGGGAUUGGGUCAGUUACCAUCAUUGUGUUUGUGGUUGGUGUGGUUAUGAUCAUUCAAUCUUUGAAGGAUGAACCUUUGAGUGCCGGCACAAGAGACCAGGCAGAUAGUGCAGACAACUCCACAUCAGAGCCCGACGCUAGAGAAGCACAUCGCUCCGGAGAGAAGGAAGACUAAGGUUUGCUGUUCUGCAAUAAUGGAUGGAUUUAGCCUUUGGAAAUCACCCACGAGGUAUUCGAUUGGCUUCAACAUUUAUGUUUGAAUGGAGGGAUUUUAUUAUAGAGAGAGAUGGUAUCCCCUGGAGGCACAGCUUCGGAAGCAGUGUCUCGUCUGAACACUAUUAACAUUUUCGUCUAAUUUUCAGAAAUCGUCUGCAAUGUACAUGAGUUAUAGAACAUGUAUUUUUGCACCAAAAUAUGAGAUGAUGUGAGUUGUUAAUUAUGAGUUUUGGAAGUUCAUUGAAUAGUAAACAGCUCUCCGUCGCAUUCUCACUAUGGCUCACCAUAUUUCCUUGGGUUCGCUGUUCUAAACCUGAGCCCGCAAACGGAUUGAGAAUCGGACUUACUGGGCCUAAGUUACGACUGCCGUAUGAGGUAAUUGGACUUAGAUUUACCCUAUCCUAAAUAUCUAUUUAAUAUUAUACUCCGUAUUAAAUAAUGGAAGGGGGGUUACAGAUUCACACACACACUCUCUCCCGUUCGUCUUCCGGUCGUCCCUCUGUUCUGCGCUCGUCCCUCUGUUCUGCGCUCGUCCCUCCGUCGCCGACCGGUCAGCCAGCAGCUGCAGCAGCCGCCAGGAGCUCUGCCGUCAUCGCCAACCAGCGCCGCCUCCCUUCCUCCCCGUCGCGCAGAGGGUUUAGCCGAACCAGGGCAGCGGCGUUUCCUUCUCUCUUCCCAAUCCGAGCUAAAUUCCUUCAAUUUUGAGGUAGGGAUCAAGGAUUUGAUGAGCACCCUGGUGGACGGUGAUGCCUUGCGAAGUGGAUGGCCCGAAGUUAUUGAAUCUGGAUUAAUGACUCUUUUGACUUUAUUUUAUUUGAAUUACAAGAAUGUUUAAUGAUAUUGUUUUAAAGGCUUCCGCAACGUCUGUUUUAUUUACUCCGAUUAAAUGAUGAGUUGUUCU